AUGGGUUUUACCGAACGAUUUCCUCGAUGGAUUACAUUAGUUAUAGGCAUUGUUCUAGUGGUAGUAACUGCUGGUAUUCUUGGUUUAGAAAUAGUUUCAAAUUAUAUUGAUGUUGGUCAUGGUACAAUAUGGGUCGGAAUUUGGGGCAUCAUUAGUGGCUUAAUGGGUAUUGUAAUAAUUUAUUUUGAUCAACUUUUUAUGAAUGACCCAUGCAAAUGUUAUUUGGGUGAUACAUUAUGUUGUUUAGUUCGUAGUGUUCCAACAUUUCGUGAUAACUUUACAGGUGUUCUUCAGGACUGUAGUAAUGCUCUUACAGCAGGUACAAUCUCAUCAAAAACAUGUCCUUCUACACCUUAUGAUAAAGUAGCGUAUGUUCAAGCACAAUUAGCUUGUGCUAUUGCUAUGGUGAUUACUUGUAUAGUUUAUAUUGUUGUUUUUCUAUUUGCGUGUUUUGGUGUUUGUUUUGGUCAUAAAUAA